GCAGAAGUAGUAGAUUAAAAGAUAGCAGGUCCAAUUUUACAUAGGAAACCAACCACCUCCAUCGCUACAUAUUACUUACUUAAACAACCUUUCCUAUCCUAUAAAAAUAAAAAUUGUCUUCGCAAGCAAAAAGUCGAAUUCAUUGAGCUACCGCCGCUUCAACAAAAUCAUCUCUCUCUUUAAGUAUUUUUUCCUCUCUUGUUCACCGUUUGUGUAGAAGGAAGUAGUAGCGUUCAAGAUGAGUUACAACAACGAUCCGUACGUAGAUGAGGAAGGAGAGGCAUUGGUGGACUUUGAUGAGGAUGUCCGAUCAGAUAAUGAGCAACAAGAACACUUCCUUGGUGACAAUCUGGACGAUGACGAUGCGUGGGAUCAGAGACAGCGAGAACGGUCACCGACCCCCGUAUAUGAUGAUCCUAAUAAGUCUAAGCCUAGGAAGAGGUUGGUUAAGAAAUCUUCGGCUAGAGAGAACACACCUGAUAUUGGUAUAGGAGAUGAGGAUUCUUAUGGCGGUGCUGCUGCUGAUGACAUGGUCAGCAUUGUGCGUGAUGAGUCGGACGGCGGUGGUCCUUCAUCAUCCUCUGCCGGUGGUGGGAAGAGGAAGAGGUAUGGUAUGGAGUUUAGUGAAGAGAAGAGGAAGGAGAAGAAGAGGAGAGAGAAAGGAGAGAAAAAGCUAAAGUUGAGAAAAAAUGGGGGUUACUCUGGAGGAAGCAGGUUAAAGGACCAGGAGGGUGAUCAGGAGAUGAAGGAGAUGUGGGAUACCAUAGCUGGUGGUGACUCUGAGGAUGACCAAGAAGGUCCAAAAACGCUGGAUGAUGAUAACUUCAUUGAUGAUAGUGGCGUGGAUCCAGCUGACAGGUAUGGAAGCGACAAUGAACCACAUUCUCCCAGCAGUGCUCCACAGGCUGAAGAAGGGGAAGAGGAUGACGAAAUCAAGCAGCUCUUCAAGGGAGGCAAGAAGAAAAAGAAAGCUGAAAAGAGUGCAGCAGAAAUCGCAUUGCUAGUAGAGAAUGUUAUGGCUGAGCUGGAAGUUGUUGCAGAAGAGGAUGCAGAACUGAAUAGACAUUCCAAACCUGCUAUAAAUAAACUAAAAAAACUCCCUCUUCUCAUAGAUGUCCUGUCUAAGAAGCAACUUCAGCAAGAAUUUUUAGAUCAUGGAGUGUUGACUCUUUUGAAGACUUGGCUUGAACCCCUUCCAGAUGGUAGCCUGCCCAAUAUAAACAUUCGUGCUGCAAUCCUGAAGAUCCUUUCUGAUUAUCCAAUUGAUCUUGAGCAGGCUGAUAGAAGAGAGCAUUUGAAAAAGAGUGGUCUCGGAAAGGUUAUUAUGUUUCUCUCGAAGUCCGAUGAGGAGACUACAUCUAACAGGAAACUUGCUAAGGAUUUGGUUGACAAAUGGAGUCGACCAAUAUUCAAAAAGAGUACAAAUUUUGAAGACAUGAGAAACUUUGAAGAUGAGAGAGCUGCUCAAUACAGGCGGCCUUCCUUGAAAAAACCCAUGAAUAAAGCAUCAGGAAUGGAAUCCAGAGACGAUGACCUUGACUUGGCUGGAUUUUCACAAGGCCAAAAAUCUGGUCAGUCAUCUACCAGACAACUUACAUCAAGGCCUGAAGCAAUGUCAAUGGAUUUUGUGGUGCGUCCCCAGUCUAAGAUUGAUCCUGAAGAAGUUAGGGCCAGGGCUAGAGCAAUGGUUCAAGACCAGCGCCGGAUGAAGAUGAAUAAGAAACUGCAGCAGUUAAAAGCACCAAAAAAGAAGAAACUCCAAGCUACAAAACUCAGUGUGGAGGGUCGUGGCAUGGUGAAGUACCUCUAGGCUCUAUUUAUUGUGCUUGCCCUUAAUAGGGUAAUUUGGGUCAGCUACACAGCAGUUCAAUGCACUGGAAUAUGGGUGUUCUUCUGAGAUCAGUAUCUGGACAGUGGCUAAUCGAAGUGCCUUGUGAAUGUGGGACAUGUACAUCAUUUUUGAAACUAGUUUGAGGGCUUCUAGUAUGUUGUGCUACUGAUCAGACGCCAUGAUUAGUGGUGUCGUAUGUUAUUUACUUGUAUUAUUCCUUCCUCAGCCGCCUCCUGAGGAUGUCAUCUUCAAUGUAAUAUGUUGGCAUGUCAGCUAAAAACCAAAUAAAGAUAAGGUAGCUGAUACUCAUUAGUUUCGUUUCCCAGUUCCCAAAUAAGUUCCAAGUCAUUAAUGUAAUGGAAGUCAUGGCUGUUACUACGGGUGAUGCAACUCGGAAUUAGUUAUUGCCGUUUGGACUGUAGUAUGAUGUUUUCCUGAA